GGACUCGUGUUGGCCCUCAGAAUCCCCGAGUAGCCACCGCUGCUUCCUCCUGCUCUCACCAUGUUCCUCACCCGGUCUGAGUAUGACAGGGGCGUGAAUACUUUUUCUCCUGAAGGAAGAUUAUUUCAAGUGGAGUAUGCCAUUGAGGCUAUCAAGUACUCCCGCCUUUGACCGUGCUUGGUGUCCCCCAAUCUAUAGGCCCGCUGUUUUACCCUCUCCAGAGUCUUCUGCAGGAGUGGGAGUGGGAGCCAUCAUCUGGUUUAAAGCUAGAUAGGCUUGGUUCUACCGCCAUUGGGAUCCAGACAUCAGAGGGUGUGUGCCUAGCUGUGGAGAAGAGAAUUACCUCUCCACUCAUGGAGCCCAGCAGCAUUGAGAAAAUUGUAGAGAUUGAUGCUCACAUAGGUUGUGCCAUGAGUGGGCUAAUUGCUGAUGCUAAGACUUUAAUUGAUAAAGCCAGAGUGGAGACACAGAACCAUUGGUUCACCUACAAUGAGACCAUGACAGUGGAGAGUGUGACCCAGGCUGUGUCAAACCUGGCCCUACAGUUUGGAGAAGAAGAUGCAGAUCCAGGUGCCAUGUCUCGUCCCUUUGGAGUAGCGCUCUUGUUUGGAGGAGUUGAUGAAAAAGGACCCCAGCUGUUUCAUAUGGAUCCAUCUGGAACCUUUGUACAAUGUGAUGCUCGAGCAAUUGGCUCUGCUUCAGAGGGUGCCCAGAGCUCCUUGCAAGAAGUUUACCACAAGUCUAUGACACUGAAAGAAGCCAUCAAGUCUUCACUCAUAAUCCUCAAACAAGUAAUGGAAGAGAAGCUGAAUGCAACUAACAUAGAGCUAGCCACAGUGCAGCCUGGCCAGAAUUUCCACAUGUUCACAAAGGAAGAACUUGAAGAAGUUAUCAAGGACAUUUAAAGAAGUGUGAUCCUCAGAAUUUCUUGGAGACAAUUUCAGUUCUCCUAAUUGCCCUUAACUUUUAUUUUCAGCUCCAUUUCCUUGGACAUCCUCCAGUGUAUGUGCAUUUUUUUAUGAUGUCUGUACAUAAAGGCAGUUCUGGAAUAAAGAAAAAUUUAAAAUAUUUAA